UUUGAGAUAAGCGCUUGCAAAUAGAAUAGGCUGUAACGCAUGUACACACUCUUUGGUUGCUCUCUUUCCAACAAUGUAAAGGGCCACUAUAAAUGAGAGUGAUAUGCAGUUUCAUUCAAGGUCGUUAGAGCGCGCCCACAAUCAAAAACAACUAUAACCCCAGUUUGUUUUUUAUUUUUUACGGUAAUGUUCGGUUGAGGAAAUCUGAUCCCUAUAGGCAGGCCAGUGAAGGCCACGCAUGGACCCACCAGGGUAUCUGAUGCAACGCGUGGCUGGGGGAUUAUUUUCACAGUAGUCAGAACUGGAAAGGAUGUGUCAUCAAAACCCAUCAACUCUCACUUCUUUGCCAGAGUUUCUUCAAAAUCGAUGCUGACAAUGCUACAUUACGCCUUAGUAUACAUGGCAUAUCAUACCAGCAGAUGGCUUCCAAGGAAUGAAAGGUUAAAAUUUCAAAUUAUUAAUGCAGUCUUUGUGGCACUAGUUCUCAUCCCUCAAUUGUUUGUGCUAACCAGGCCCAAAUCCUCUAGAUACUGCCAGCAGCCUCUUCUGAACAAUCUCACUGCCUUCAUUAUCAUGUCCUUCAUGGCAACAGGUUUUGCAGUAACAUUCACACUGAUAGACCCAGUGCCCCAAAGCUUCAGGGCAGCCUACCAUGGGUUUGGACUUGUAUCUUUUGUCCAGGGACUAUGCACCAUCGCCCUGACUCUGACUGCACAACAGUGUGCGAAAACAACUCCUGAGCUGUACUAUUUGUCCCUUAUUCUAUCAUUGGCUUGUAUCCUGAGUACAGCCUUCUUCUUGGUGAAGGGAGGAUUCUGGGUAAAAACCAAUAGGCUACCCAGGCCUUGCCAGAGAGGGAACAAUGGCUAACUAGUCCAACCAGUAUACAGCUGCUCCAGGUUGCAAUUAGAUAUGCGCCAUAGACCCAUCCAUCUAUAAUUGAUGCUGUUUCCAGGCUACCACCAGCAAACGAUACUGUUGCACAGUAUGGUGACUAGUGUAGUAUGUAGUGAAUUUACAUGUCCCAUUUCCUUAAUUUGAUACACUUGAAAUCAAUCGGUGUGCAUAUGUCUAUUUGCAUUCAUUUACUCCGUUUUGAGUGUCAAAUGAACUAUUAAAAUGGCUACCACUAUCAUCAAGGGGCAUAUACAUUUUUCAAGUACCCAACGUUUCUGCUUAAACAUUCCUUCGUUUGAAAUCGCACAGUUAAAAAGAAAUAAUCUGUGCAGAAAGGGUUGUGAAAGCUGUAGUUUAUUUCCUUGUGGUAAAACAGUGAUUAACUGUUACAUUAAUUCCAUGUGUGUACAGUGUGUAGAAAAAUGGUGUUUAGGUCCCCAUAUGUAUAAAAAUAAACAAUUGUAAAUCAUUUAUUCAUAGACUGUUUGAACCUCAGAGUGAUAAGGAACAAACCACACUUUCACUUACAGCAUUCAGAAUAAUCAGGUGCUAUAACAUUUGUAUGUGCAAACAUCAAAGUGAAACCUAAUUACAUAUUUUUCCCAGGUAAAAUAACCUUCAGCUAAUACAUAUAUAUUAACAUACACCUGUCCGUAAAAUGAAUUAAGGCAACGCAGUGAAGCGGUUGAACUAAACUUCAUCAACCCAUUUUAAAAUCCAUUUCAAUAUCCUAAAAAAAAAGGCCCUUUACGUAAGAGGAACUCCUAAUUCAAUCCACAAAUAAAACAUCUAUGAACUCAAGUUAGUUACACACUUUCAAAUCAAAUGUUGUGCAGUGAGCAGAUCUGUGUGAAUGCCAGUGAAGAGCGUCUCAAAUGAGUAGACUCACAGUAUCAAAAAAAAAAUAGUUUUGGAAGGUCACAACGUAGUUAAGCAUUUCACUGUACUUGUACGACAUCUUGUAAGCACCAUUUCACUCACAUUAAGAGAUUCUCUGAUACUUUUUGUAUACAUUUUAGCCAGUAGUUCUGAAAGUAGCCAAAAGUGGUCCCCGGAAAUUGCAUACAACAUAACACAUGUGCACCACGUCAUUGCUCAUUCUCUCUUUCUCUGCUGUGUCCACUGAGAAGUUGGGCCCACCCUGCAACCUCAUUGGAUAAUGCCGGCCAGGCCUCUUGCUAGCUGUCACUCAAAUGUGAGGGGCUGAAGCUCAUUGGCUAGGACUCAAAUUGCUACGGGGCUGGCCCAAGAGGGGGAAAUGUAGGGAAAUUAGCACUGCACAGGUUCAAGAAAACAAUCACUUUCAAACUAGGGAUUUUGUGGCUAUCUACAGACACAUACAGCCCAAAGCGAGAGGUUUAAAAAAAAAGCAUUUCUAAGUCCCCAAAGUACCGGAGCAUGUCUUUAAAAGAGGAAGUAUUAGGAACUACUGGGCUGGCUCAUAGGGGAGAAUACACACAGGGGGUCAAAGGCUGUGGAAAUUGUACAUUUCACAUAGAUAUCAAAUAAUACAUUAGAUAAUUGUGUUUUUAUUUGAUUUUUUAUCCACAAGCAUAGAUUAAACCAAAGGCAGCAAUGGAUCAUAAUAUGCUUUUUUAUGUGAUUUAAAUGUACUGGACAGUACAUUUUGCAUUUUGAUUUCAAAUUGGCAUUUAGGCACAAAUACAAUGAUACAUGGCUAUAGAUUACAUUAUCUGUCGACCAUAGGAGCAAAAGGUUCAAAU